ACAAGAUGUAUCGACGACAGUCAGCAUUCCGGAUAGCUUGGUGUCGGAGACCUCUUGUACAGUCCAAUCGCCGCUUCAUAUCUUCUGAGAAGACACAACCCAUCGAUUCGCCUCAUGAGUUCCAAUCGCUGCCGCCGGACUGGGAAGAUGAAGCUCCAUCACUCGACGACUUUACGCAAUUGCCCAAAGACUUUGGGAAGAAUCAGCUGAUACAAACGAAUGAAGAGUUCAAACGAGCAUUAAGAGCAAUUCUUCGGAAAUUCCCGCCAGUCACGUACGCCUUCGCCUAUGGCUCUGGUGUCUUCCCUCAAUCGGCUGCGACAGCUUCGCGCACGACGCAAUCACCUCAUCCGAACCCUCCCGAGGCAAUACUGAAAUGGCAAAAGGGCGGGGGCAAGAUGAUUGACUUCAUCCUGACCCCCCGCUUCUCUCAACACUUCCACUCGCUUAAUUUGCGCAAUCACAGAGACCACUAUUCGUUCCUUGGGUCGCUCGGCUCAGGGGUCGUUAGCCAUGUGCAGGAUAAGUAUGGCGCAGGCGCUUACUUCAAUCCGUAUGUCGUAGUGAACGGAACAUUGAUCAAGUAUGCUGUUGUCAACUACGAAACCCUACUACGCGAUCUCACCGAAUGGGAUACCCUAUAUUUCGCCGGCCGCUUGCACAAGCCUGUCAAGAUCCUCCACGAAGAGCCCAACCUCCGCGUCGCGAACCAACGUAAUCUCCUAUCUGCCGUACGAUGCGCGCUCCUAUUACUCCCCGAAACCUUUACCGAGAAGGAACUGUACUCGACAAUUACAGGCUUGAGUUACCAGGGUGAUCCGCGCAUGCAGUAUGGCAGCGAGAAUCCUAGGAAGAUCGAUAACAUCGUUACACAUCAAAUAAAGAACUUUCGAUACCUAUACCACGAUCUCAUAGUGUCCCUACCCAACAUACGAUACGCCGAUGACUCUGCGCUCCAUAGCCCCGGCUGGAUGGAGGAUCAGGGUCUAAAUCAGAAGAUGUCACAAGAUACGGAUCCCGAGCGACGCGCCAACAUGGUCAGGCGAUUGCCCAAGAAGUUCCGCGAGAAAGUGUACUUUCAAUACCGCGGCAAGUUUGGCAUCUCAGGUCGAGACUACCAAGAAAUGCUGGAGGCGAACAAGGACGAGACCGCUAGCGGUAUAAUGAAGAAGCAGAUUACUAGUGACUUCGAUAGGCGGAUAGCAAAGGAAGAUGAUAUCCCGCAAAUGGUCACGAAAGCGAUCAAUCAAACGGUGAAAUGGCCUUCAACUGUACAAACGUUGAAGGGACCUUUCACCGCUGGGUGGACAAAGACGUGGAGGUAUUUGCAGGAGAAGAGGGAAAAGGGGAGGAUGAAGUGAUGCAAUGAAGAACAGGUGGGCAUGGCUAUGACCCACGCCCCUACGUGCAUUUUUCCUUGGUUCCGUCAUCAAAAGCGAAUAGCAAGCGAGUAACCAGCUUCAAGUGAGGCUCAGCGUGCAAUCGCAUAGCCGCCGUCGCUGAGCUCACGGGUCAGGCUUUGGAGAAGCGGAAGUACACUCAUAGACCUUGAUACACGAAUGAAUAAUUCAGAAAUCAU